UGACAAACUGUCGGCAACAAGUUAUUUCCUAAAAUAACAAACAAAGCAAGAAAAUAUGCUUGCAUUAUCAUCUCCUUUAUUUUCAACACCCUAUGGAUGGCCCUUGGCUGAUAACUUUUCCAAGGUUUGCGGUGCUCCAGAUUCAACUCAAUCACUUCUUGAACUUCAUUCAUCUGAUCAACAGCUAGAUUUUACGCCUGAAAAUUCCAGUUCUUUUGGAGGAGCUGUAAAUGGCGGAAUGGGUGAUAGUAUGAGGGUGGUCAAAAAGCUCAAUCAUAAUGCAAGUGAAAGAGAUCGUCGUAAGAAGGUUAACCGCUUGUAUGAAUCUCUUCGUUCAGUGCUACCCAUGUCAAACGAUCGAAAGAAAAGAGAAAAGCUUUGGUCGUAUUCAUCAUCAACUGAAAACAUCUGCAUCAAGAAACAAAGUGCUAAAGAUGAUAUCAUCGAUGAAAAAUCAUUGAUCGUUUCUUCUGUGAGUGUUUUAAGUGAGAAAGAAGCUGUCAUCCAGCUGAUUUUAUCAACAAAAAGUAGUGGCAAGAACAAGGAUAUUGUCUUCUUGUCUAAGGUUUUGGAGAAAUUAGAGGAGGAAGAAGAUGGGUUUAUUUUGCUAAAUGCAACGACCUUCAAAUGUGUUGGAGAAGGGAUGCUGUUAAACACUAUCCAUUUUCAGGUGCAAGGAAAUAAGAAGAUAGAUGCCCAAAAGAUGAAGGAGAAGCUCCGUUCUUUUCACCAACAAUAAGAUGAACUUUACUCACAUUGGUUAUAGGGAUGAUGUGUAGAUUUUAACAUAUUUUAGUUAGCUGUCACUUGUUUUAACGGCGAAUUGUAUAUAUUAGUGUCAAUAGGGAACAUAGUAUGAAAUUAUGUAACACUCCUCGUAUCGGUUAAAAAUUAUACAGAAUUUUUUUGAAAGUGU